UCUGCGUUGACAAUUUCAGUUUUUCCCAAGCCAUUGUACGUUGAAGACUGUGAAAAGUGUAUGCGCUCAAAUCGUAUGAAGUGCUCUACUACAGUGGAAGUGCAACGUUAAUUCAUAUAAUACGUUUUUUAUUAGUUAAGAAUCUUGCAAUCGCACAAAAUGCGGUGGUAUUUAUUGGCGCUAGCUUGCGUCCUGGCGGUCUACGCCGAGGAAAAGAAGGAAAAAGACAAGGAUAUUGGUACUGUCAUUGGUAUUGACUUGGGUACCACAUAUUCAUGUGUUGGUGUUUACAAGAAUGGUAGAGUUGAGAUUAUAGCCAACGACCAGGGUAACCGUAUCACUCCUUCAUAUGUAGCCUUCACCGCUGAUGGUGAACGUCUUAUUGGAGAUGCCGCUAAGAACCAGCUCACUACAAAUCCUGAAAAUACAGUAUUUGAUGCUAAGCGUCUUAUUGGUCGUGAAUGGACAGACUCCACUGUCCAACAUGAUGUCAAAUUCUUCCCCUUCAAGGUAGUUGAGAAGAACACCAAACCUCAUGUGGCUGUGAAAACUGCCCAAGGAGACAAGGUGUUUGCACCUGAAGAAAUCUCAGCUAUGGUGCUUACAAAGAUGAAGGAAACUGCUGAAGCUUAUCUUGGCAAGAAGGUUACCCACGCUGUCGUAACUGUACCCGCCUACUUCAACGACGCUCAACGUCAAGCUACUAAAGACGCUGGAGUAAUUGCUGGUCUUAACGUCAUGAGAAUUAUUAACGAGCCUACCGCUGCUGCAAUUGCUUACGGUCUCGACAAGAAAGAUGGAGAAAAGAAUGUGCUUGUAUUCGAUUUAGGUGGUGGUACAUUUGAUGUCUCACUUCUGACCAUUGACAACGGCGUGUUUGAAGUAGUUGCAACCAAUGGUGACACUCACUUGGGAGGUGAAGACUUUGACCAGAGAGUUAUGGAACACUUCAUUAAACUGUACAAAAAGAAAAAGGGCAAGGACAUCAGAAAAGAUAACCGUGCCGUACAAAAACUCCGUCGUGAAGUUGAAAAGGCAAAGAGAGCUCUGUCAUCCAGUCACCAAGUAAAGAUUGAAAUUGAAUCCUUCUUUGAAGGAGACGAUUUCUCUGAAACCCUAACUAGAGCUAAGUUUGAAGAAUUGAACAUGGACCUGUUCAGAUCUACAUUGAAACCAGUACAGAAGGUAUUAGAAGACGCCGACAUGAACAAGAAAGAUGUUGAUGAAAUCGUACUUGUUGGAGGUUCAACACGUAUUCCUAAAGUGCAACAACUGGUCAAGGAAUUCUUCAACGGCAAAGAGCCAUCCAGAGGCAUAAACCCUGAUGAAGCUGUCGCUUACGGUGCUGCCGUCCAAGCCGGAGUACUAAGUGGAGAACAGGAUACUGACGCUAUCGUGCUUUUGGAUGUAAACCCUCUUACCAUGGGUAUCGAAACUGUCGGCGGCGUUAUGACCAAACUUAUCCCACGUAACACUGUCAUCCCCACCAAGAAAUCCCAGAUCUUCUCAACUGCCAGUGACAACCAGCACACCGUUACCAUCCAAGUUUACGAAGGUGAACGUCCAAUGACCAAGGACAACCAUUUGCUUGGAAAGUUCGAUUUAACUGGUAUUCCUCCCGCACCUAGAGGAAUUCCUCAAAUCGAGGUCACCUUUGAAAUUGACGCAAACGGUAUCCUCCAAGUAUCCGCUGAAGAUAAGGGAACAGGAAACAGGGAAAAGAUUGUCAUUACAAACGAUCAGAACAGACUAACACCAGAAGAUAUCGAGAGAAUGAUCAAGGAUGCAGAGAAAUUCGCAGAUGAUGACAAGAAACUAAAGGAACGUGUUGAAGCUAGAAAUGAAUUAGAAAGCUACGCCUACUCAAUCAAGAACCAACUCCAAGACAAGGAAAAAUUAGGCGCUAAAGUAAGUGAAGAUGAAAAGACCAAAAUGGAGGAAGCUAUUGAUGCAGCUAUCAAAUGGUUAGAAGACAACCAAGACGUCGAUGCUGAAGAGUACAAAAAGCAAAAGAAGACAGUCGAAGAUGUAGUCCAACCAAUCAUUGCCAAGUUAUACCAAGGUCAAGGUGGAGUACCACCUCCUGGCCCAGGCGAAGACGACGAGUUCAAGGACGAGUUGUAAGAGACUGAUAACCGAGUGAUAGCCAAAUGUGAUCUCCGUCGCUGCGGGGUGUGAUCGCGCAACUCGUAUCUCAAGCGGACUCGUGUUUUAGCUCGCGUGUAUUUAUUUGUGUGCGUCGGCGGUGGUUGGACAUAUUUGCCAAAUGUACAGUCGGCACUGUUUUUGUUAGAAAUUUGUUGACUGUAUAAGCCACUCUUUGUAUGACUGAUUGUGUGUUUUGUAAAAAAAAUAAUGCAUUUUUUAAUUUAAUAGAAUUGUGAGAUGUUCUAAUUAGUCUCGUCGCGAGACUUCAGUGUUCUGUAUGUAUAAUAUUGUUUUUGAGACUGCUGAAUUGUUAGUUCUUAAUUAGCAGAUUAAUUAAUUAUGAUAGUAGUACGGAGGAGUACAUAAUAAAACAAUUUUUCUAUUAAGAA